CAGACAUUUUCAUGAUUUACGUGUACACAGGAUUUAUAUGCGUUUCCCACCUGAUCCGUUUCCUAUGCUCCUUGUUACAAUGCAAAUGCUCUAAAUACAAAACAUCUCGUUCACAGCAUCCAUGUUUUUUCCACAUUCUGACUUGCACAUUAACACACCAAAGUCGGAACAACGACCUCCACAGGAUUAUUUGAUUAUUUGCAUAGGUGCAACAAAAGACAUCAUACAGUAAUUUCCUAUUGAGUCUCAGUAACAACUGACCUGACCCCGCACCUCUUUGUCCUCACUGCUCUGUCUACCUGAGGAGUCCAUCAAAGCUUUGUCCCUGCCUCUUAACAUAUACUUUUUUUGCAGGGUUGAAUGUUUCACUAUAGUUCAACUAUUGGAAGAUUUCAUGUGAAACUCCUCCUUGAAAGUCAUCAAAGACUAAAAGGUCUCAUACCAACACACAGAGACUGCUUGCCUCUAUCCUACACAGUUUCGUCCUAUCACAUUACCUAAUGAAUAAUGAAUAAUGCUCAGUUGGUGAUUGGAUCACCCCAUGAACUCGACAUGAAACUGAGAACGUCAUUCAAGUUGUUGUCCUAUGUUCUGAGCACAAACCAGCCCCAUCUUCCCUCGGCAGCAUCGCAGUGGCGGUGAAGUGCACGACCUCGAACCGGCUUUAAAAUGUCGCUCAGAGCCAAAUCUCACACGGACCUGCAGACAGCUGGGACGUCCUCGCUGGACGGCAGUUUGUUUAAGUCCUUCUCCAUGAGCAGUAGCAAUUUCAACAGAGGCAGUCGUUUCGGGAAUGGGGUAACUGAAGAGAUCAAGGAUCUCCCCAGGCCAACCAGGAGGCCUGUACGGGCGGUCAGGCCCGUCAGCGCCAUCAACUCCAAUGGCUCCUUCCUCCAAAUCAACCACCUGCAGGGAGAGCUGGUCAGAAAGAGGAAGGAAUGUGAGGAUCUGAGGAAAGAAAACAAGUACUUAUCAAAUGAGAUCCACAUGGAGCGGAUCAUGAUGCGCACAGAGAACGAGCUGACCAUGAGAAACCUCAGGAACCUGAACCAGGAGCUGCAGGCCCAAGUCAAAGAGCUGAAGCAGAAGCUGUAUCAGAAUCAGCAGAGGGCGACAUUGUGCUCCCGUGCUGCAGAUGAAGCGGAGGAAUCCAGGGGGGAGGCAGAGAAGAGCAGGGCCCUGGCCGAGGCCCGGGCACUCGGGUGUCAGCGGGACAAAGAGGACGCCGAGGCCGACAGGAACUGCCUGAGCGAGGAGCUGCGGCGGCUUAAAAAAGAUCACACCGAUCUACAGCUUUUACUGGCACAAAAAGAAAAUAACUAUUUUGAAACCAAGUUGAAGUUGGACCGGCUGUGUGGGGAGAAACAGGCGCUGCUGCAGGAGAACAAGAGCCUGGAGGGAGAGAGAGACGACUUCAGACACAAGCUGAGACAGCUCACACAAGAAAAUGUACAGCUUAAAGAGAGUGAGAGGAACAUGCGGUGCAGAGCCACUGCCUCGGAGGAGGAGAGCAAAAAGGCCAACCAGGCUCAGCGGGAGGCCACGGCUGAGCGGCGUCUGGCCGAGAAGGAGAGGCAGGAUAGAACGGCCGAGUGCCUCAGCUGGAGGGAGAGGCACCAGGGGUUGGCAGAGCAGUUCAGAGCUCAAGAGGAUCUAAAGGCUCUGAGGCAGAACAAAGCAUGUCAAGCCAGCAUCAAGAGCUAUUUCCUCUGCAUGACAGAGAGCGACCAGAGGGUUAGAAUACUGAAAAGUCAAGAUGGCACCCCGAGAAAUUUCACAGAGGGAGACCCUGUGUACAUCUCUACACCGGUGUCCAGUCCAGAGGAGGCAGAGCGGAGUUCAUCCAGAACCAUGUUGAGAGUCUCCGCCCCCAACACGGGAAGGGGUCUGGGUCCGAGCCACUUCGAUGAGCUGCCCGCCUUCGGAGGAGAGCGACCGGACUCCGCAUCGACUCGCAGGAGCAGGAAGGUGGUGGAGUACUUCUGGAUCCCUACUGACCAGGAGUGAUCAGGAAUUACACCACAUCUGCCACUUCCCAAGCGCUCUUAAGCAAGGCAGAAGUUCAGAUGGUUGAGUGGAGAUGCUCAGACUGUUCAAAUAUUUAAGGAGAAAUUGUAGAAAUAAAAGUCAAAAGUACUGUUGGUGCUCAUGUCCUGGACUUUAUUGGCAUUAA